AAUUAGUUUAACCUUGUACAUUUCCUUAAUAAAUGGGUUAUGCCUGGUUGGGUAUUUUUUGUUUUGGGGUUCUAAAUUCUAGACUUUAGAGUACCUGAAGCCAAAUAAAUUCCAGCAAAGACAAUGGCCACCCAAUCUGUUUAUCACUUUACUGUAAAGGAUGCAGUGGGAAAUGAUGUAGAUCUUAGUAUCUACAAAGGAAAAGUACUACUUAUCGUGAAUGUUGCUUCCAAGUGUGGGAUGACUAACUCAAACUACACGGAACUCAACCAAUUAUAUGAGAAGUACAAAGAUCAAGUUCCUCCUAAAGAGAAGAAGGAAGGGGUGGUCCUUGCAAAGAAUGGACCAUUUGACAUCUUUGGCCUAGAAAUAUUGGCAUUUCCUUGCAACCAAUUCGGUGAGGAAGAACCAGGGACCAACGAUCAGAUCUUAGACUUUGUUUGUACUCGUUUCAAGUCAGACUUUCCUAUCUUUGACAAGAUUGAAGUGAAUGGCGAAAAUGCAUCUCCGCUUUAUAAAUUCUUGAAAUCAGGCAAUUGGGGAAUAUUUAGUGAUGAUAUUCAGUGGAAUUUUGCUAAGUUCCUGGUUGAUAACAAUGGGCAGGUUGUUGAUCGCUAUUAUCCUACCACAUCUCCUCUGACUAUUGAGAGGGAUAUGAAAAGGCUUCUUGGAAUCGUAUAAUUGCCAGGGGUUGAGCCUUCAACGAUGUCGAUCGAUUUUUCACUUGUUAAUAAUGCGGGGUUGGUUUUAUUUCAGAAAUUUGUCCUUUAUUUUCAUUUAAUUACCUGAGUGAGAGACAUCACAUAAGGAGGGGUGUUAUCAUGUAGAUGAUCGCCGAUGAAAUAUUGUGCAACAGAAAUUGUGUAUUCUGUAAGAGAAGUUUUAAACUGAUUUAUAAUUAAUCAGCUUGUGCAUGUUCU